AUGGAUAUUUCAAUUACAGAUGACAGUUGUAGUUCAUCGCUCAACGUCCAGUACAAGGCUGCUCACCAAGCGUUCAGGGAUCGCUGGAAGGAGACAGAUGACACCAUGUGUCGCCACAGUAUGUCCUUCCAUCUGCACCAUACGUUGAGGAAUGAGUUCUUUGCCAGCUACCUCUAUCUGUUGGAGCAGAUACCCCUGGUUAAGCUUUUUCCUGUCACCUGUGAGUACAUCAAAGGCGAGAAACAGUUCUACUACCGGGCUCAACAGUUCUACGAGGACGUCCCAGCGUCAGAGGAGGGCAUGAUGGGAGAUUAUGUGGAAAUCUCCAACAUUGAUCUAGAAGGCUCCAGACAGUUUCUGAAGAGGUUUGUGGGUCCUGGUAAGGCUGGUACGAAUUGUGCGCUGGACUGUGGUUGUGGGAUCGGCCGUGUGACAAAAGGUGUCCUUCUGCCCAUGUUUGAGAAAAUGGAGAUGGCAGACAUGAUGGAGCACUUUCUGCUCCAUGCGCACGAGGAGUACUUGGGUGAAGACGCUGACCGCAUAGAGACGUACUACUGCUACAACCUGCAAGAAUUCACACCUCCAGCCAAGAAGUACGACGUCAUCUGGAUGCAGUGGGUUGCAUGCCACCUAACAGACAAGGACCUCCUGAACUUCCUGAUGCGCUGUAAGAAGAGCCUCCGCCCAAAUGGAGUAAUCAUCAUCAAGGACAAUAUGGCGCGGCAGGGCUGCAAACUGGACCCCAUUGACAGCAGCAUCAUCCGCCACCUGGACAUCAUGCGGAGCAUCAUCUCCAAGGCCGGCUUGGAAGUCCUGGCUGUUGAGAAGCAGGAUGGAUUCCCUGACGCCAUUGUCCCCGUUUGGAUGAUUGCUAUGAAAUAG